UUUAAUCCGAUUAUUACGCUUUCCAUUCUAUUUAAAUUUGAACGUGAUUAAGUUUCUAGGCUUAUUUCAUUCUCGUCGCCGACACGUGAAGUUUCUCCGGGAAAGGAAGGGGGUCAGGCUGUUCCCCGUCCCCUCCCAAAGGGCCGUGUGCUGUAAGUGACCGCCGUGCUAGUGAAGCCGUGAACCCUAGCUCUGCCUACUACUGAGAAAGACAAGCUGAUGGAGGGCGGCGGAGAUCCAAUCACCGACGUAAGAUCAGUCGUGGAAGCAAUUUCUGCAGACGACAACGAUGCUCCUCUCUACCAGAUUGAAAGCCUUUGCAUGCGUUGCGGCGAAAAUGGAAUAACCAGGUUUUUAUUUACAGUCAUUCCACACUUCAGAAAGAUUUUAUUAUCAGCUUUUGAGUGUCCGCACUGUGGUGAGAGGAACAAUGAAGUCCAGUUUGCCGGUGAACUCCAGCCCCGAGGGUCCUGUUACAGUUUGCAAAUUUCAUCAGGCAAUCUGCAGAUGCUCAAUCGGCAAGUGGUAAAAUCGGAUUCUGCCACCAUCAAGAUACCUGAGCUUGAUUUUGAGAUUCCUCCAGAGGCUCAUCGCGGAACUCUUUCAACAGUGGAAGGAAUAUUAAUGAGAGCUAUAGAUGACUUGCUUGUGCAUCAAGAAGAACGCAAGAGAGUGGAUCCUCAAACAGCUGAAGCUAUAGAUCAGUUUUUGUUAAAACUUAAGGAUUGCAAAACAGGAAAUUCAUCUUUUACUUUCUUCCUGGACGAUCCGGCUGGUAACAGCUUCAUCGAGAAUCCGUUUGCUCCAUCUCCGGAUCCAUCAUUGACCAUCAAGCUCUAUGAGCGUACUCCUGAGCAACAGUCUUCCUUGGGAUACCUUGUUGACUCAUCACAGUUGGCAGGUCCUCGUGAACAAGAAUCAAUAGAGGAAAUUGAUAGUUCAUCCAGGCAAUUAAAAAAUACACCACAUGGAUUAGUUGGGGCGGCAGCUGGCCAUCGAGCUAUUGCCCAGAGUAAUAGCACUGAUAUUGCCGGAGCUAUGUUUCAUUACUCAGCACCAGAAGAGGUAAUGACUUUCCCAUCGACAUGUGGAGUUUGUGGGACUAGGUGUGAGACUCGAAUGUUUGUUACCAAAAUUCCAUACUUUCAAGAAGUAAUUAUUAUGGCAUCUUCUUGUGAUGCUUGUGGCUACCGCAAUUCUGAGCUAAAACCUGGUGGCCGAAUUCCUAAUAAAGGAAAAAAAAUCACAGUAUGUGUCAAGAAUAUUAAUGAUCUAAGCCGUGAUGUUAUAAAGUCUGAUAGUGCAAGUGUCAAAGUCCCAGAGCUUGAUUUGGAGCUAGCUAGUGGUACCCUAGGUGGGAUUGUUACAACUAUUGAAGGUUUGAUGAAGAAAAUUAGUGAAAACCUUGAAAGAGUACAUGGAUUUACUUUCGGAGAUAGUGUUGAUGAUAAUAAAAGAACCAAAUGGCAAGAGUUCAGAACAAGAUUAACCAAGCUUCUGGAUUUGGAAGAGCCUUGGACGCUAAUUAUUGAUGAUGCUCUAGCUAACUCUUUUGUCGCACCGGCCACUGAUGAUAUUAAAGAUGACAAUCAAUUAAUGUUUGAGGACUAUGAGAGGUCGUGGGAGCAGAAUGAGGAGUUUGGUCUGAAUGAUAUUGACACCUCAUCAGCUGAUGCUGCUUACAACUAGAGUGGUAACUGAAGAAGGCUUUAGCCCGAAUUAACUGUAGUAUGCUUACAAUCUAUGGGGGCGAUGCUGCCUGGCAAGCACGGUCAACUCUAUUUCAGUAAAAAUCAGAGCAUGGUUUUGCAGUCUUGCCAUGUUAUGUCAUUGUGUUGAACUUCGAAAGUCGGCAAGUGCUGUUGACAUGUACAAUAUCUAGUGAGCCUCGGUAUUUAGGUCAUGGUGUUUCCAGGCAUCCAACAGUGCGAGUUAAUGUAAUUAUGUAGUAAUUAAUGAAUUUAGCUCAAAAGAAAAAUAAAUAAAAUAAAAGUAAAGAACAACCAUGAUUCUAUUUA